AUGGCAGCGGUCGUGCUGAGGGAUCCUGCUCAGGUUCCUCUGCCUGCGGAAUUAUUUACACACCAUGCAGAGCAGGCCCAUGUGACCUUUGACGACGUGGCUGUCUACUUCUCCUGGGAGGAGUGGAGCCUGCUUGAUGAAGCUCAGAGGUGCCUCUACCGCAGUGUGAUGCUGGAGAACUUUUCGCUUAUGGCCUCUCUGGGACUUACAUCUUCCAGGACCCAUGAAAUUACCCAACUGGAAGCAUGGGGAGAGUCAUUCAUGCCCGCCCAGAGAGUCAUGACUCCAGCUGUGCCAAGAGGUUGUUGGCAUGGAGUGGAGGCUGAGGAGGCACCUUUUGAUGAAGGAGCUUCUGUAGGAGUGCUGCGUGCACAUGUUUACCAACAUCAGAAGCUGUACUGUGGAGAGAAAUCUUUAGAAAGAAAAGAGGACAGAGUCCCAGUUUUGAGGAGCUGCAGGGUUCACCUGUCAGAGAAGCCCUUCCAAAGUGGAGAGGGUAGGAAGGACUUCCUGACCACCUCGGGUCUUCUCCAGUACCAGGUGACUCACAGUGGUGGGGAGCAGCACAGAAGCACUGAAAGUGGGGAGGCCUUUCAUUCUAGAAAAAGGCAUUAUAAAUGCACUGAAUGUGGGAAAGCCUUUGGUCAGAAAUAUUUACUUGUUCAGCACCAGAGACUACACACUGGAGAAAAGCCUUAUGAAUGUAGUGAAUGUGGGAAAUUAUUUAGCCAUAAAUCCAACCUUUUUAUACACCAAAUUGUUCACACUGGAGAAAGGCCUUAUGGGUGUAGUGAAUGUGGGAAAUCCUUUAGCCGCAAUGCUGACCUCAUUCAACACCAGAGAGUUCACACUGGAGAAAAGCCUUUUACAUGCAGUGAAUGUGGAAAAGCGUUCAGGCAUAAUUCCACACUUGUUCAACAUCACAGAAUCCACACUGGAGUAAAGCCUUAUGAGUGCAGUGAAUGUGGGAAAUUCUUUAGCUUUAACUCCAGCCUAAUGAAACAUCAGAGAGUUCACACUGGAGAGAGACCUUAUAAGUGCAGUGAAUGUGGGAAAUUCUAUAGCCACAAGUCCAGCCUUAUUAAUCAUUGGCGAGUACACACUGGAGAACGGCCUUAUGAGUGCAGUGAAUGUGGCAAAUAUUUUAGCCAAAGCUCUAGCCUCAUGCAGCACCGAAAAGUUCACACCGGAGAAAAACCUUUUAAGUGCAAUGAAUGUGGGAGAUUCUUUAGUGAGAACUCGAGCCUUGUUAAACAUCAGAGGGUUCACACAGGAGCAAGGCCUUAUGAGUGCAAAGAAUGUGGAAAAUUUUUUCGUCACAGCUCCAGUCUUGUUAAACAUCGAAGGAUUCACACUGGAGAACAGCCUUAUGAGUGCAGCAAUUGUGGGAAAUCCUUUAGCCAACGAUUCAACCUCAUUCAACACCAGAGAGUUCACACUGAAAAAGAACCUUAUGAAUGCAGUGAAUGUGGAGAAAGGCUUCAGCCUAACCUUGUUCAGCAUGAGAAAGUUCAGACUGGUGAAAGGCCUUAAGAGGGCAGAGUAUGUGCUGCUUUUUAGUCAAUAUAACCUGACUUAGAGAGAAACUGUGAGAGUAGCCUUUAUGAGUUAGCCAGAAAUUGAAUAUUAUUCGUCCAAAGACUCACACUGGGGGCAGGAUGGGACCUCCUGACAGAUUGCCCUUCCCAGGAAAAUAGCCCUCUGUCUGGGAGCUAUAGGGAGAAGAAGCCUUUUGUUCUUGGCUGCAGGAAUCUGGAGUGGAGUUUCCAUCUUGCUGAGUUUGAAGUGGAUCAGGAGGGAAGGAGUGGUCUUGGUCCAAAUGUGAUUGACUCCUGCUGUUCUUACUGAGUGUUUGGUUUUUUGGAAUAAAUAUUUCUUUAUUUGCUGUAUACCCUUAGUAUCAUUUCUAGAGACU